AUGUUCGAAACAUCGUAUUGUAGUGGUGGCAUAAGUGCUGGCAGCACAUCGUUCCUGUUGAAGAACCUUCUGAAAGAAAGUUGUCGUCUACCGAUUCGAAUCAUUCUUCAUCUUAUGCAAUCCAAAUUUCGUUUCAACUCAAAACCGACCCCAUCAUCGAUUGUUGAUCAGAUUGCUUAUAGUAGCACUACUAUUAAUCAGUUACCAAAUGAAGUGAUCGUGAAGAUUUUCUCGUAUUGCACUGACGCUGAUCUGCCUUCCUUACGGUUACAAUGUAGUCGUUUCAAUGAGUUGAUAUUGGCAUGUCCAAGUUCAUUGAUUCGAUGUCAUCGCCAACGAUUGGUCACAUGCCUGACAAUAUCGUAUGUUCAAGAUGAGGAUCGCUUUCUAUUGGCCACUUUCAAGAAAAGUCAUUCAAGUCGUAAAAAUUGUAUGACCAUCUCAAGGCAGGAUAUUCUAAGUGGGAACGGACAAAAUUUGAGGUUUUGUUUCCGUCGUUUUCGUAUUCUCGGUCUGCAAUUCUCCAAUGUGCCACUUUGCUCACAAUCAGUGAAUUUCUUCUGUGAUAUGCUAAGCAGUUGUCGAGCGUUGGAACCGAAAACGUUGCGAGUAUGUGAUUGCUAUGUGGCCGAUUUGACUGGCUCGGAUAUGUUGAGGUUGAUGAAGCUAUGCGGUUCGCAUCUUAUCGUGCUCUCCUUUAUGAAUUUAGCCGGUGUGCACAGCACGUUAUUAUGUGAUGAACUAUUUUCGACGGCCACCUAUUCGGGACUCUAUGUGUUGAUGAUUCAAUCAAUUGAUUUUCACUUCUCCGUUCCGUUGCGUGAUCAAUAUCUGCAAAUCAGCGACGUUACGCUGGCUCGAUUACCGAGUACAAUGCGUAAAGUGAAACUGGAGAAGUGCGCCAAUAUCACCGCUGAUGGAGUUUGUCAAUUUGUUGAGCGUUAUUUCGGUAAUGAACCGUCAACGUCUUCAAAUGCGCAUCGAUCAAGUGAACUCGUUUUCAAACAAUGUGAUCAACUGACGACGGCUUCGUUUGAACGCGAAGCACAACGGCGGCGGAUUCCAAUCGAAGGACACGAUUCCGAUGAGUACAUCAUGAAGUGGGUGAAAAGAAGGCAAUAUCAUAUCAGGAAGGCAAAUGAACGAAGGUUGCUAUCAGUUGAGAUUGACAGCUAUCGUCCGACUCGAAGUGGCAUUUCAUCGCCGGCUAACGUCGACGAUUUAUCUCGGAAUUCAGUUCAUUCGAUCGCAACGCUUGGGAGUUUGUAUCCAGACAGUCUACCAGUAGUGCUACUUCGUGACCAGACCAACUGCAAGAUUGCCGAUCUAGACUCGAAAUGUGCACUGGAUGAACAAACCAUUGAAACGGCACCACCGACCACAAAAACAAAACUGAACAAGCAACUGAUAUUGUUGAAUCCAAGCAGUUGUCUUCGUAAUGCCAAUAUCAUCAAACCUUUCAAUAGCUGCUUAUUUUGUGCUAAUUAUUCCACGUAUGAGACGAAUUUUCCCCCACAUUUCCUCGUCAAAUCAAGGGACGGUCUCUUCUUCCAACCAAAUUCAUGA